AUGGCCAGGUUUCUUGUAUUUUACAGUAUCUUCUCCCGCCUGCAACUCCAACUUCUGCGGGGUAAAUUCAGGUACCUCGCCAACAGACGCGGGUUCUUAUCUCCAUCGAGCUCGGCCGGCUCCGACCCCCCGCCCAACAAGUACCGGCCGGCCUCUUCCACCACCCGUACUUCAGGUCAAGGCGUGCUGCUCUCGGGAAUUCACCGACCUUAUACCAAUCCAUCCGGUCACUGCCGGGUCCGAGGCUCCGAGCCGUACUCGGUAUUUAGUGACUAG